CUCGCGGGAGAAGAAGGAGAGCAACCACGACGAGAUGGAGGUGGACUACGGGGAGAACGAGGGCAGCAGCUCCGAGGAGGAGGAGUCCGAGAGCUCCUCCGUCUCCGAGGAGGGAGACAGCUCCGGGAGAGGCGGAUAAGAAAUACAGUGAGUCCUCGGUAUCCAUGGUUCAAGCUUCCACAGAUGACAAGCCCACAUUAGAAUAGAAUAUACUUUAUUACUGUCAAAGACCAGCAUGAAAGAAAGAAAGAAAGAAACAAACAAAAAUAACAACAUUGAAACAAAAUGGAUGAUGAAGACUGCGAAAGAAGAAGAAUGGAGUGUUUAGAUGAGAUGUCCAAUCUUGAAAAACAAUUUACAGAUCUUAAAGACCAACUUUACAAGGAGAGAUUAAGCCAAGUGGAUGCAAAACUGCAGGAGGUCAUUGCGGGAAAGGCACCAGAGUACUUGGAACCACUGGCAGCUCUGCAAGAAAACAUGCAAAUCCGAACAAAAGUGGCAGGUAUCUACAGAGAGCUCUGUUUAGAGUCUGUGAAAAACAAAUAUGAAUGUGAAAUUCAAGCCUCCCGCCAACACUGUGAGAGUGAAAAGCUCUUGUUGUAUGACACUGUUCAGAGUGAGCUGGAAGAGAAAAUCAGACGGCUUGAAGAAGACCGACAUAGCAUUGACAUUACCUCAGAGUUAUGGAAUGAUGAACUUCAGUCUAGGAAAAAAAGGAAAGAUCCAUUUAGUCCAGAUAAGAAGAAACCUGUUGUUGUUUCAGGGCCCUAUAUAGUGUAUAUGCUACAGGAUCUUGAUAUACUUGAAGACUGGACAACAAUAAGAAAGGCAAUGGCUACAUUGGGGCCACACAGAGUGAAAACAGAACCCCCUGUCAAGUUGGAAAAGCACCUACAUAAUACAAGAUCAGAAGAAGGACGGCUCUACUACAAUGGGGAAUGGUAUGGCCGUGGACAAACAAUAUGUAUUGACAGGAAAGAUGAGUGCCCUACAAGUGCCAUAAUUACAACAAUUAACCAUGAUGAAGUGUGGUUUAAGAGGCCUGAUGGAAGCAAAUCCAAACUGUAUAUUUCUCAGCUACAAAAAGGAAAAUAUUCAAUCAAACAUAAUCACAACUGACCAUUAAACCAACCAGACAGUGUUAUCCUGCUUGAAGUGCCAUGAGAUGAAAGAUGUAUUUACUCUGUGGUCUCAUCUAUUUUUGUGGCAGUAUCUGUGUAUUUGUAGUAGUGUAAGUAAUUUUCAUACAGAUGUCAUAGAAUAAGUGACACAUAAUCAGGUUGAACAUGACGUCUUGUCCCUAAUUUGGAUCCACCGCCUAAGAUAGAAAAUAGUCUACUGGAGAGUCUGGGAAUAUCUGACUAAGAGUCUGCAGUCAUAAAAAAACUGUAUGCAUGGGAGAGAAGUGUACAUAAAGCAGCAGGAAUCGUCAGUUUCUUCUGCAGCUGUUCUUACAGCUAAAUGGACAUAGCAGUUUUAAAAUUGCUUGGUAAUACAUGAACAGCACAGUGAGGAUGCUGUCAAAAACAUUGUCUGGCUGUGUGUCUAGUUCUCCAUCAUAUGGGCACACAGGCUUCGAAGAAUGUAAUCUAAAACCAUUAAUGUAAAAUGGAAACAAAGUGGUAUUACUUUUUUUAAAAAAUAAGAUUGUGUAGUAAUUGUGAAGUUCAUCAUUAUGUUUAACAGUUCCUCUUACAUUUUGUCCUGGAAACAGGUUAUUUGUGCAAAUGUUCCUUUGAUGUAUUCUAAUUGUGAGAUAUUCUUAAAUGGACAGCAACAAAAGUUGAUCCCCCCAGUAGCUGCUCUAGCUAGCACUGUUAAAAAUUUCUGUUAAUAAAAAAAAUAACUGUUUUGUUAUUAACAUAGAUGUUAAUAACACAACACAGUUAAUAGUGGGCAUCAAAUUGCUAGGAAUAAAAUGGUGCAAAAAAGAUGACACUGUUUCUCUUAGUAUUAAUCACCAUCCCAAUCCUGGUAAGAAUACCUGUCCUGUAAAUCAUGGAACAGUAACCAAAAGUAUUACUGCAUACCCAUUGGUAACAAAAUUGAUCAAUAGUCAAAUGAAGUGUAAUUGUACAUUGGAUACAGAAUUAUAAUGUUUGCUGCUUCAGACCCUUAGAAUGUUUGCAUCUGAAAGCGUAGCAUCAGGUGUAAAAUCUUUAGGUUUUACUGUUCAUGUCUAAAGCAUAUAAAGGGGUUGGGGUCAGGCAAAGGGCAGAAGACAUUACUUGGUGGUUAUGUGCACUUUAAUAUCCAUUAGGAUGGGCCUUUGAAGAAAGCCUGCAUCCAUGGAAAAGACUGCCAAAAGUGUUUUAUGUGCUUGUUAGGUUGGUGCUAAAUCUGGAAUUUUAUGCAGCUAUACGCUGCUUUGAAAUCCUUAAUUGCAAUCCCAAUAUGUAAAAACAAACCACUGUCAGUAACCCCAACCUCAUUUCCAGCAAACAGUGUAAUUGCAGUUGAGCACUGAUGGGCAACUUUAUUAAGAAAUGGCCUUUUUAGACUGGAGACUGGUUCUGCUUGAAGAGCAACCUGUGGAAAAGCCCUGAACAAAUAUAGUGGAAACACAUCUUGUUAAACUGCUUAGAUGGCAAGCAAAUAUUUUUCUGAUUCAUCCCUUCAAUUUUAGCUCACCUUAUCUUGGAUGGGAGGAGUACUAAAAGAAAGUUCAGCGGCCUCGGUUUUGACAAUUUGGUCUUGCUUCAGAUUCUUACCUUGAAAAGGAGAACAGGUUGCUGUGCAGAGAAGGCCUAAUGUGUAAUGGCAUGUUUCUUUUGCUCGGGAAAUGAAGGAUUAGCAGGGUAUUUCCCCACAUAGAUCAAUUGAUUGGAAACACAGUGGUCCUGUAGCUGUCCACCACAUGUUAUAUUAAUAUGCAUUACAUCCCAGUUGGGGUGCACAUUGAGGGUGAAUUGUAGAGUUCCCCUCGCUGCUGAAAUUAUGUAUUUUAUACUCAUGUUAUCCCUCAUCAUUGUGGCUGGGAUUGUUGACAUAUCUGUGUGUCAGUGAACUGGUGCCUCUUGCUUGCCAAUUUAAUUGGUUCUUAUUCCUCGGGCUCAAAUGAACAGCUUACAUGUUUAGGUGAAAAUGUAUGUGCUGAUAUGGAAAAAACUGACUUGCCAAAAACCUGUAGAAUGCUAGGCUUCUAAAAUGAAUCUGGAGCAGUAUUCUUGUUACUCUGCAUGUCACGUAUGUUAGCCAAAUGUAUAUAAAGGUUAAAAAUAUGACAGGUUGGUUUUGACAAAACCUAUGGUAUGUAUACAGUUUGAUAAAGCUUUUUUUGUAAUGAAAUAUUUGUAUUUUUUAACCCAGUGUAUAAAUAAAUGAACCUGUCAUGUAA